CAGUCUCAGUCUCAGUCUUUGUUCCAGGGUCCAGCUUCCAGCUGAUCGAAACCAACAACAACAACAACAACAACAACAACAGCAAGGCAGAAUACUACACUACACUACACUACACUACACGCAGUGCACAUCCCGAUACUGCUCCCGAUACUGUUCCUGUAACUUUUUAUAGCACUGUUCCUGAUACUGUCACCGUUAGCAUGCCGGUUCUGAGAAACGUGGACGUCUUCGUCAAGGCCCGCGCCGACAUCCGAACACAGUCGGCAAGCGGCGGGCUGGUCACCCUUCUAGCCGCCUCGACGGCCUUUUUGCUCUUUGUGUGCCAGGUCUGUGUCUACGUCUUUCCGAACGCUACCCACACGCUGCACCUUUCGGAAUCGACGCAUUUUCCCAUGCUGCCGAGCGGCAGCGGCAAAACCAAYGGCCUCUCGGCCUCGGAGAGACGAGCGAUCGACCGCGAGGGAAGGAUCCCGCUCUAUUUCAAGAUCACCUUCCUGCACCUUCCCUGCAAGCACGUCGAUGUUGCGCUCAACGGCGAGCCGAUCCGUGGCGAUGCCCAUUCGGAGUGGAGCAGCAGCGGUGGCAGCAGCAGCAAGAGCCASGGCAAGAACCACAACAAACCCAUCGACCGGAGCAAGCUCACCAUCAAGAAGUACCCGCCACGAUCGAGCGAGAUCAAAACCAUCUUUGGAUCGGAGCAAUCGCACGGUGCCAGGGCCCACCGUGGAAAGGGCUGCACCCUGGUGGGAAACCUGAGGGUCCCGCUGGUGGCCGGAUCCCUGACCAUUUCCAUGACCAGGGACUCCUGGGCCGAGGCCAUCCAGUACUUUAUGGUCCGGUCGAGCCUUCCCGAAGCGGAGGCCGCCAGGCAGGACGAGCUCCACAAGAACGAUUCCAACACGACACACUUUAUCCACGAGGUCCGUUUCGGGAGCAAGCACGGUUCGGGGGGCCUGGUGGAACACGGAUACGUGCCCCCGCUCGAGAACAAGCUCCACUCGAUCGAGAACGACCUCAACGGCGUCGCCCUGCAGGAGGUCCACGUCAAGCUCAUCCCGACCGUCCACUCCAACCCCGGGCUGCUCGASAAGGUCUUUGGGGGAAGAAGGGGCAGGAUGUACCAGAUGAGCGUCGUCGACCACACCCUAAAGCCCGAAACGAUGGUGGCCGGGGGCGUCUCCACGCUGCUCCCGGGCAUCUCGCUGGGCUACGACGUGAUGCCCCUGGCGGUACACAUCGACGAGCUCAACGGCGAGGGCGGCUUUUUCGGAUUUCUGGCGACGCUCGUCGGGAUCGUGGGCGGCUGCUUCGUCACGGUGGGGCUCUUUGCGGGCUGCGCCGUCCGGUCGGUCCAGGCCGUGGCGAAGAAAAUAGAUUGAAGAAGAAGCGACUCGCUCUUCCGAAAGCGACCCCGGAACGAUGGUUGCUUCGCAUCUACGCUACGCUGCCCUGUGCUGUGCUGUGCUGCCCUGUGCUGCCCUGUGCUGUCUGUGUGUGUGUUAGUCUCGUGGUGUCCUUUUGCUCCUAAACAACAAAACCGAUACGGAGGUGGAGUUCGAUGGAAACAUUCAACUCUCAACAAUYGGGGCCGUUGGUUCCCAAACGAACGCCGGAAACACCUCGCACUCUUCGAAAAUACCUUGUCCUUGGCAUUGCGCUGCGGUAUGGCACCGAGAGGACGCACUACGCAUACGCAUACGCAUACGCAUACGCAUGGAGUAUUUGCGCGUGCAUCAAACACACGAAUCCACGAACACAAACGAAAGGUUUCCAGCAUGCCGACUUUUUUCACUCUAAGGAUAAUAUUGAAAUCUAACACAUAYAGUACUACAAUUGCGCCGGCSAACAAGUUGGUACAAACCAUGCAGUGCUGUGUGGUCGUCCAAGCAGUACCGCCACUGCCUCCGUGCUCUCGCUCGGCAUGCUCCGACGGGUCACGAACCGAGUGGGGUGGUCAUUGUCUUCGACCGCGGCGCGGUUCAUGACAUGGUACAGCAGGGCAAUCGCAUCCAUCCGUCGGUUCGAUCCGUGCCUUUUUCUUAGACAWCAGGAACGUCGUUCGUCCAGGUUUUAGAUUGGCAAUCCGGUAGUGUCCGACGUCCUACCGCAUCCGAUUGCAUUGUAAGAAUUACCACACCGUUUCCUUUCGCCCGGCCUCGCGUCAAAGAACGAAACGAUGAUUUCCAGUGUUGCUGCUCUAGUCGGGAUCCGAUGUACUUUCCGURUAGGAAUAGAUGAAUAACGCCCUU